UCCCCCUCCCAAAAAUGAAUGGUCCUUGUGUCUCCUGUCAACCAUUUUCCUCAUUUUUUCCAUUCCAGAGCCAUUCAACACACAUGCAUGUUGCUUAGCUAUUUAUUAGAGCGUAAGGCUGACAAAGAGAUGGUGAUAAUGAAGCUCAAGAAGUUGGAAUCUAGCAUGCGCUCUGGCCGUAAAUUGUUCAGACUGGGCAACAUGGUGCAUGCCAUGGUAGCAGCCAGGAGAACUACCCAGCUACCAGACCUGGUGCCCCGUCUCUGCCUGACAGCCUCCAACCUCAGCCGUGUCCUGUAUUUCAUCUGUGACACAGUCCUGUGGGUGAAGAGUGUUGGACUCAUCCCUGACAUUGACAAGCAGAAGUGGCGGAAUUGGGCUACCAAAUGCUAUUACUAUUCACUGCUGAUGAAUUUGACCAGGGAUUUGUAUGAGAUCUCCUGGCGGAUGGAACAGGAGGCUCAAAGGGAGAAGGCAAGGAAGGAGAACUCUUCUCAUUGUGAUGAACAAGAUCAGGAUCUGUUCAGUUUCCAUGCAGGUGGGUUGCAGCCUUUUCUCCUACUGUACCACACCCUGAGGAAACACCCUCCCUUGUUGCUAGACACAAUGAAGAACCUUUGCGAUCUCUCUAGUCCUUUGGACCAGCUGGGAAUCUACAAAACCAACCCAGGAGUUAUUGGGCUCUGUGGCCUCCUCUCAUCCCUGGUGGGGAUCCUCACAGUGGCAAGUCCACUUAUGAAGCUGAAGCACUGAUCUGAGAGCAUCACAUACGGUGAACUGGCAGGUUUGCUUCCCUGACAGUUUUCAUUCCCAGGAUGGUAUUUUAAAAAUGAACACAUUUGACAAUCACUCUUCAUAUGUGGUUUGUUCUCUGGAGGAGUCAGCUUUACUUCCUCCUUCUCCUUCCUGAUCUCCUCUCAGGUGAGGAGCUGCUGUGUGCUGUGACAUACUACAUGAUGGAGAAGAACGGUGAAGAGGCUGAGCAAGGACUGAGCAAAACAUCCCUGAAGAAUAUUGUGAAACAUGGAAAUCAAGACUUUACAAAUUGCUGCUAGUUAAGGACAUGUUGCUGUCUCCUGUAUUUGAAUAUAGACAUGUGGAAUAGCUGCAUAGGCAACUAAAAUUAUAUAAAAAGCCAUAAGUAGUGGUGCUGACACUGGAAAGGCAGAAUUCACCAAUGGGGGUUAAUACAAUCAUUUGUCUGUCUUGAAUACAUUCAAGCAUGUUGGUACCAGGAAGGCUUUGGGAACUGUAGUUCAAAUGGCCUGGAUUAAAACGUGAGUUCUGUGAGGGGAUGGAUGAUGCCAGGGGACCGGUAAUUGGAUAUAUGGAGCUUUUCAUCUCUAGGCAGUGGUUCAAAUCCAGCCCAGGCUGGUAGUAACUGAAGAGUGCUACUGUUUGGUGAUAUAGUGGCCACCAUUGAAUAUGUAUUGGCGGGACUAGAUCCAGUUCCUAGUGAAUAGAUGUCUAUAUCCCAGAAACCACCACCCCAUCUGCCCUCCUUGUUGACAAUACAAGGCCAAGGAUUGCUUGGGCCAUGGAAUCUGAAUUCUUCUCUAGAAGGGUCCUUCCAGGUCAUGGUUAGGUACACUGUCUUUUUCCAGUGUAUGGGGGUAGCUUACUGCAGUGCUGCUCGCGCUGGGGAUAAGCAAAGGAUUUCAGUCUCCAUGAUUGCUGAUCUGGCACCAUUCACCAGCACUAGUCUUCCGCCAAAUACACACACCAAACCCUUGCAAUCCCAGGAGGGUGAUAAUUUCUGUACUCUCUGAAGCAGCUUUUGCACUGAUAUUGCUUUAGUUUUGCUGAAAGUUUUCAAAUAUCAGAUUUAAAUCCUCCUGCUAUUGAGAGAAACCUGCCCCAAGGCACCU